AUGACUGAAGAGUUAAAUCCAGUCGACCGGGAUUUUGUGAUCAUCAAGUACCCCGGUAUCAUCAAAAACAUCGACAGGGCUUUGGAGACCUUAGGUGGCCUCGAAACGAUACAACAGCAUCACUCCGUCAAUCGCCAACUGGAAUAUCGGCCCAGCCCACACAAUCCGUAUGCCAGUAGCCUAUCUUCAGAAAGGAGCAUCGAAUCAAAAGCGAGCACAAUAUACACAUUCGAAAACAUGUGCGACUUCCAGUAUUUACCACUGAAAGGUGCCCAGGGAAACAAGGACCAAGUUUUUGAAGAUUUGAUGCCACGACUGGUGCCUCAAUCACUUACCGAUUCUCUGAGUUGGUGGCAGCGUCAGGACACGGCCAAUGCGACAACCCCUCUGUAUCUACCUCCCUUUCAAUUUAGCAGAUACAACACGCCAUCGAUGAAAAUUCUUUCUCGAGAAACCGAUUUCUCGCAAGAAAAAACGAAGCGAAAGAGCGGGCACGGUCAAAAUCUACGCGUUGAAAGAAGGGCCCUAUCUAUCACGGUACACGCCAAUGACCCGUUCCCCAGUGAAGCACCAGCAGAAGCAGUCGCAGACGCCGAUUUCCGUUGCAAAAACGAAGAGCCGCAUCGCCUACUUAGAGAACUUUUCAAGGAGCGCCCGAUGUGGACACGCGUGGCUUGCGUCUUCAAGACCGGCCUCGAAGAUACGAUGCUGAAGGCGUUGCUACAAAAGUAUGCAUUCUACAUUUCAUCGGGACCCUGGGGUCGAUUGUGGUGUCGAUUCGGCUACGAUCCACGUCUCAAUACGGAAGCGAGAAAAUAUCAAAGCCUUGUCGUGUCGUUUAGGCAACACGCGCGUAUUCCUGAACGGCAACGGUUGAAGGCGUCCACGGAGAGAUCGCUGUACAUCGGCCCGCACGAUACAAAGGAGCCGAUCCAUUUCACUUACUUGCCGGGUCGUCUACCGAAAGUUCGACAAAUGUGGUAUUCGCUCUGCGACAUUGAGAUGCCGGAAGCACAGCGAAUGUUGGUCUGCGAGCCGAUACAACCAGCGUGUGACGAUACGCACGGAUGGAUGAGUGCGGAGCUCAUGGAUCGACUACGCAAAAUGAUCAAGGAUGACGUGGAGAAGACGACGCUCGAGAUCGACAUGGGCGCCGAGGAAUUGCCGAUAAUCGAGGACGAUUGGGAU